GGAGCCCGAGCCGCCCGAGCCCGGGGAGAAGCCGCACGGCGCCCGGCGUCCCGCUCCCUGCCCCGCACCCCGCGGCACCCCUGAAGUUUUGCAGCGCCCAGGCGGGAGGCCAAGGGGGGCGGAGAGGACUCCCGAGGAGCAGUGGGGAGCCCAAAGCACAUCUUCAAAAAGCAUUUAUUUCAAGGAGAAAAAGGAGAGAGAGAGAGAGAGAGAGAGAGAGAGAGAAGGGGGCUCGCAAAAAUGGCUGGGGCAAUUAUUGAGAACAUGAGUACCAAGAAGCUGUGCAUUGUCGGCGGGAUUCUGCUCGUCUUCCAGAUCGUUGCCUUCCUGGUGGGAGGCUUGAUUGCUCCAGGGCCUACCACGGCAGUGUCCUACAUGUCAGUGAAAUGUGUGGACGUCCGGAAAAACCAUCACAAGACCAAGUGGCUGAUGCCUUGGGGACCCAACCAAUGUGACAAGAUCCGAGACAUCGAUGAAGCCAUUCCAAGGGAAAUUGAAGCCAAUGACAUUGUGUUUUCUGUUCACAUUCCCCUUCCGGCCAUGGAGAUGAGUCCUUGGUUCCAGUUCAUGUUGUUUAUCCUGCAACUGGAUAUCGCGUUCAGACUAAACAACCAAAUCCGAGAAAAUGCAGAAGUCUCCAUGGAUGUUUCUCUGGCUUACCGCGAUGACAUGUUGGCAGAAUGGACUGAAAUGGCUCGUGAGACCGUGCCCCGGAAGCUCAAAUGUACCUUCACAUCCCCCAAGACUGUAGAACACGAGGGCCGUUACUAUGAGUGUGAUGUCCUUCCCUUCAUGGAAAUCGGCUCUGUGGCUCAUAAGUAUUACCUUCUAAACAUUCGGCUGCCUGUGAGCGAUAAGAGGAAAAUUAAUGUUGGUAUCGGGGAGAUAAAAGAUAUCCGGUUGGUGGGAAUCCACCAAAACGGAGGCUUCACCAAGGUCUGGUUUGCCAUGAAGACCUUUCUCACACCCAGCAUCUUCAUUAUCAUGGUGUGGUAUUGGAGGAGGAUAACCAUGAUGUCUCGACCCCCUGUGCUUCUGGAAAAAGUCAUCUUUGCCCUUGGGAUCUCUAUGACUUUUAUUAACAUCCCAGUGGAAUGGUUUUCUAUCGGGUUUGACUGGACCUGGAUGCUAUUGUUCGGUGACAUUCGGCAGGGCAUCUUCUACGCCAUGCUUCUCUCUUUCUGGAUCAUCUUCUGUGGCGAGCACAUGAUGGAUCAACAUGAACGGAAUCAUAUUUCAGGGUAUUGGAAGCAAGUCGGACCAAUUGCUGUUGGCUCUUUCUGUCUCUUCAUUUUUGACAUGUGUGAGAGAGGGGUCCAGCUCUCAAAUCCCUUCUACAGUGUCUGGACUACAGAUGUCGGAACAGAGCUGGCUAUGGCCUUCAUCAUAGUGGCUGGGAUCUGCCUUUGCCUCUACUUCCUGUUUCUGUGCUUCAUGGUGUUUCAGGUGUUCCAGAACAUCAGUGGGAAGCAGUCCAGCCUGCCCGCCAUGAGCAAAGUCCGGCGGCUGCACUAUGAGGGGCUAAUUUUCAGGUUCAAGUUUCUCAUGCUAGUCACUCUAGCCUGUGCUGCCAUGACUGUCAUAUUCUUCAUUGUAAGUCAGGUGACUGAAGGCCAUUGGAAGUGGGGCGGUGUCACAGUCCAAGUGAACAGUGCUUUCUUCACAGGCAUUUAUGGAAUGUGGAACCUCUAUGUCUUUGCUUUGAUGUUCUUAUAUGCACCAUCCCAUAAAAACUAUGGGGAUGACCAGUCCAAUGGCGACCUGGGUGUCCACAGUGGGGAAGAACUCCAACUCACCACCACUAUCACUCACGUGGAUGGACCCACCGAGAUUUACAAGUUGACUCGCAAGGAGGCCCAGGAAUAGAAGGAGAUGCAGCACCCGGCUGGGAUUGUCCCCCCCACACCCCAGCCCCUCUAACUAGAAGGGGGAGCACGCCAGAAAGAGUUCACUGUGCAAACAGAUUCUCCUGUCUCUUAGCUGUGGUCUUUUGGACUGGCACGUGGACGUUUGUCAGGUUGCUCUCAGAGGAAGAUUUCUUCAGCUACUAAUGUGUUGUGUAUGAUAACAAAACUUCUGGUAUGACACAUGUUCUGUGACUGUUGUUAGUGACCUAGAAACAUCUGUAGCAGCUGGUUAGUGAACCUCAUGUGUUGGGGGUGUAUUCGUUUGGGGAUGGUUGGGGCCAGCUGGGCUCUCUUUGGAGUGGAGCUGUUUGAUUCACUUUCCUGUUUUAGAUGCUAGGGUAGAUUUUUAUUUUAUAAAUGUUCUUUGCAGUCCAAGAAAGUCUGGUGUCAUAGUCUUCUCACUUUAGUCCAGGAUCACUUUUUUUUCCCUAUUUAUAUUGCCAAGUAGCCUACUGAAUUAAUAUUUAACUUGCCAGUAGAUAGGCAUUCCUAUUUUUUAUGACAUAGUAUGAGGUGUUUCUAUUUUUUAUGGGAUAUUGAAUCACGGAAUCUCAUGAGAAGAUCUAUCAAGACCAGAGCCACUUCAGCUUUGAAACCAAAUCUGUGUAUCCAAAACUAACCAGUCUGUUGAAUGUGGGUUAAGAAAAAAUUCUUGCUAUAUGCCUCCAGUAGGUUGUAUUGUAUUAAAUGACCUUUGGGUCUGAAAAGCUUUUUUAAA